AGCAGGACUGGAGCUGUGGUCACACAAGAAGGAUAAACACAACAGGCAUUGCCUGCGACUGAGCCAUGUUCAGCAAGCUGAAGAAGAUCAUCGGGGGUCCAACUGUUGGUCCCACCACAGCCCCUGCACCGGCUCCUGCAAAGGAAGAAAAACCUGCAGACAAGGAAAAUGAAGACAAGAAAGAUGAUGAAGGCCCUGCCCCAGCCCCAGAACCGACUCCAGCACCAGCUCCAGAACCAGCAGCACCGGCCUCAAAACCAGAACCGGCCCCCAAACCAGAGGAGAAACCUGCAGACCCGGCCAACGGCCAGCCACCUGCUGAAGGAGAGGAGGCCCCUUGCCCGGAGUCCCGGCCCAUUGUGAUAAGCAAGCAUUUUGAUGCUCAACUCAUUGAGAUUGUUCAGCAUUACCGGCAACGGACAGACCAGUUUAAAGAAAAGAUCAUUGACCCCUAUGCAUCCUCUCCAGAGCGCAGUCCUCCUGUCACACCUGUCCUGAGAAAGGAUGACUACGUGAAGUUGGUGGAGGAGAGGAAACGAAAAGAAGAAGAGGACAAGGAAAGGAAAGAGGAGGCGGAGAAGAAAAAAAAAGAGGAGGCAGAGAGAAAAAAGAAAGAGGAGGAAGAAAAGAAGAAGAAAGAGGAGGAGGAGAAGAAAAAAGCAGACAAGCCUGGGGAAAAGAAAGAGGAAAAGAAGGAGGAGAAGAAAGAUGACAAGGCAGACAAAGAGCAGAAGUCCAUCUGCCCAAAAAUGAAGUGCACCUGUGUAGAUUUCCUGCUGAAGCCCUUCGAGGACAGAAUGGACAAAAGACUGGGCACCUCCAUCGAUCCGUUCACAGACCGCAGGUAUAUUGCUUGGCUAAGCUUGGUAACCAUUGCCUUCAACUAUAACCUGUGGUUCAUACCGGUCCGUAUGGCCUUCCCAUAUCAUGACCCAGCGGCCGUCCCAUUGUGGUUUACCUUGGACAUCAUUGCUGACAUCAUUUAUGUCAUCGACAUGAUCGUUUUCCAGCCACGACUGCAGUUCUGUAAAGGGGGAGACAUCAUUUAUGACAGAGUUGUGAUUAAAAAGAAAUAUCGCGAAUCGUCAAGGUUUCAGAAUGAUGUCAUAUCCGUCCUGCCUUCAGACCUGUUAUAUUUCCCGUUUGGAUUCAAGUCUGUCUUCAGGCUCAAUCGUUUGAUGAAGUCUGAAGCAUUUUUUGAGUUUAGUGACCGUCUUGAAGGUAUCAUGACCAAAGCGUACAUCUGGAGAGUAAUUCGCACUAUUGGAUACCUGAUGUUUAUUCUCCAUCUCAACGCGUGUCUUUACUACGUGGCCUCUGACUACCAGGGGAUCGGCAAAACCAAAUGGGUGUACAGCGGAGAAGGCAGCGCCUACCUGAGGUGUUUCUUCUAUGCAGAGAAAUCCCUCCUGAUGAUCGCAGAACUUCCUUUUCCUGAGACCAUGUUCGGUCAGAUCUUUCAGAUGACCAACUAUUUUUUUGGUGCUCUAUUUUUGUCCAUCAUUCUCAGCCAGAUGAGAGAUGUCAUUGGAGCAGCUACGGCCGGUCAGACGUACUUCCGUGCAUCUAUGGAUGGUUGUGUGGCGUACAUGGUGACAAACCGCAUCCCAAAGCUGGUUCAAACCCGAGUGCGUACCUGGUACAACUACACCUGGGACUCCCAGGGCAUGCUGGAUGAGUCUGAGCUUCUGGAACAGAUGCCUCUGGUGAUGAGAACAGCCAUCGCUGUGGACAUCAACCUUGCUACUUUCCAAAAGAUCGACCUCUUUAAGGGUUGUGACAACCAGAUGCUUGUGGAUAUGUUAUUGAGGCUAAAAUCCAUUGUGUAUUUGCCUGGAGACUUUGUGUGCAAGAAGGGUGACAUUGGGAAAGAAAUGUACAUCAUUAAGGCUGGAGAGGUGCAGGUCAUCGGUGGACCGGACAAUAAGAUUGUGUUUGUGACUCUGAAAGCAGGCUGUGUGUUCGGAGAGAUCAGUUUGCUACAGUCUUCAGCCAAUGGAGGAAAUAGAAGAACCGCUAAUGUAGCGGCACAUGGGUUCGCCAACCUCUUCGUAUUGGAUAAGAAAGACCUCAAUGACAUCCUAAUUCACUACCCAGAGUCUCAGAAAGUGCUGGCCAGGAAGGGACGGAAACUGCUGAAAGCCAAGGGUCCAGCUCCUGCUGCUAAAGGCGAAGAGGAAAAAAAGAAAGGACUGGCUAUGUUCGGACAAAAACCUCCCACUCCCAAACUUUUGCGUGCCUUUGCAGGAGGAGCGUUCACCAAAAAAGGCUUUAUGGACAGACUUAAGACUGCUGCUUCCGAACAUUAAUAAUCUCAUGAAAUACAUUAAAUAUUUCUCUGUAAGGAUUUCAUUCCUUUUAGAAUAACCUAUUCAUUUUAAAUGUAUUUUUUUAUUAUUAAUAAACAAGCUUCUUUCCCUGCUAACUGCAGUACUUGCCAAUUAGUGAUUGGUAUUGCUGUUUGUAAUACAAGGAUUGUUUGAUUUAAAUUUGUUUCAGUUCUUUCCUAAACAGUAUGUUUUAGGUCUAUUUUGCACUUUUUUGAGACUU